ACAAAGGGCAGGCGGCCCGCGGGGCGGCGGCAGGAAGAUGCCUCGCGCCGGGCUAGGGCGCCAACGGCCAGAACGCGUCCCGGGCCACGCCGGGACCGCCUGAAAGCCGAGCCCGCGCCGACCGAGCCUGGGCCGGAUGGGCGCUGCGGACGGGGCCGCGGACCGCCGAGCGGCCGUCGCACUGGUUUUCUCUUGCCCCAGUGUGUGGACACCACCACACGCCCUACAGACCAGCAACGGCUCUUGCGUGUAUGUUCCAGUGUUUCUUCUGUCAGAGAGUCGGACAGAGCCAUAGGUCCUCCAGUGCUGGCCCGGAGCUGAGGGACGAGCGCCCAGCAGACAUGGUGAAAAUGACCAAGUCCAAAACUUUCCAAGCUUAUCUGCCACAUUGUCACAGAACUUACAGCUGUAUCCACUGCAGAGCCCAUCUGGCCAAUCAUGAUGAGCUCAUCUCCAAGUCCUUCCAGGGCAGCCAGGGGCGAGCCUACCUCUUCAACUCCGUGGUGAAUGUGGGCUGCGGCCCUGCUGAGGAGAGAGUCCUUCUGACCGGGCUGCAUGCAGUGGCCGACAUCUACUGUGAGAACUGCAAGACUACACUCGGGUGGAAAUAUGAACAUGCCUUUGAGAGCAGUCAGAAAUACAAAGAAGGAAAAUUUAUUAUUGAACUUGCCCACAUGAUCAAAGACAAUGGCUGGGAGUAGAGCGAAGCCCCCGCUCCUGUCUGCAUACAUUUUAUCAACGCUAAGUGUGACGAAGACCUAGCUUCUGGUGACAAUACUUCUGGAACUUUAACCUCACAGGCCAGCCCAGCUCAACACCUGAAGGCCUCUCUAGACUGUUCACUGGGUAAGGUGCCCCCAUCCGAGCCCCUUCGUGUUCACUGUUGUUUCUGGAAGUUAGCAUUCUUUUUCUAACUUCUCACAUUCUAGAGAAAGAAUUAAGCAACCACUGACUCACCUGCCUAGUUAAUAACUCCGCACGCCUUCCACAGUCUGCCUGGGUUUCCACCAAAGCCAGGCCCCUAAUGCACAGAAGCAGGGUCUCGUCCUGAAGUCUUCCAGAGUAGCCAACAGACUUACAUGCAGAGCAUAUGGCUUCAAAAACAGAAACCAGCCACUGGUGACAUCUUAGAGAAGCUAAGAAAACUUUUAGUGAUUUUAUUUAAGCUAAAAGCUACAUCCCUGUCUCCUUACGGAGAAAGCAGGUGACUAGUGGCUAAGCAUUCUGUCCCAGGUCACUGAGGUGACCCCCCUCAGUGCCACAGCAGCACAGCAGCUCGUAUGUGGGGCUGGUCCCUGUCAGAACAGCAGCUGGGGUCCACUCUAUACCCUGGAUGUACUUGAAAUAGUUAUGCAUACAGAGGCCAGAGCCAGCACAGAAAACUUCUGAACUUGAGACUUUCCAUGAUGAAGGAAACGUUAUCUUAGUGUGGGAGCUGCCUUUCCUGCCUGGGAUCACCUCCUGAGCUGACGGGGGAUCUGGCCACUUCCCAAGCCCUGCGUCUCACAGACCUUAAGUCACAACUUGUAAUCCUCCACGCAUCUACAGGAGUGACCAGUUAGCAGAGGCCAGAACCAUUCCCAGAUAAGUUUUGCGGUUCAACUUUUUGUACCAAACACAGGGCAAAAGAGCAGGAAGAAGGUCCAGGAAGGCUGAGCGCCCAAGAGCUGGGAAGGCCCCAGCUGCUGCCUGGGGUGC